AUGCCCAGGUACAGGGUCUUGGUUGCCGCACUUCUCUGCUUCCAAGAGGCGUGGGCCUAUGCAGGCACCGCCGCGGCGUCCGCAGGAUCUGCCUUGGAAGGCGACACGGAGGAAGCAGAGGAGGCUGAGGGCAUGCCGAAAGUGAAAGAUGAAGGCGAGGAAGAGCCGAAGGAGGCCAUACCCGCCGGCGAGUUGGCCAGGAUGGUUUUGGUCACUACGGAGGAUGAGGAUUCUCAGACGUACGAGCAAGCACAGGAGUCCUGCCAGUCCUUGGAAAAGAACGGCGACUCCUGGCAUCUUUGCUUCAAAGAUGAAGUCGAAAGGGAUUGGAAGGAGUACAUGCUGAAAGCCAGCGGGGCUUAUGGAUUCCGUGCCUGGCUGGACGAGCGCAACUUCAGCGAAGCCGGCUGCAUCCACAACGGGAGGAGGACGGAAGCCAAUGCGGAGGGCCCGAAUUGGGCCUGCGGAUACCAGAAGGACAAGAAGUUCAACUCCCUGUGCUGCGUGGAUAUGGCUGAUGUCUCCGUAAGGACGGCGGGCAACAUGAACGUCCAAAACUUCAGCCAGGCAGAGGCGACGUGCACGGCCUACCGCAGCCACCUCUGUGCCCAAGCGGAAGCGGAAUCCUUCGUUGCCAAUUUGGGACUUGGAUCGACCUGGGUCGCUUGGGGUGCCAAAGGCUGCACCCUGGAAGCAGCCAAAAAGAAUUGGACUUGUGGAGACGACUCGACCCAAGCCAGCCAGUACGACGCCCUCUGUUGCCUUGACCAGGAUCCUUUAAAAGGCCUGUGGCCAAAUCAUCUGGGCGACCUUUGGAGCCUGCAGGACCGCGCGGACUGCUCGAACAAGCUGGCCAUUGCAGAUGGGGCCUGCGAGGACUUCAACGGUCAGCUCAGCGCCUGCGGCAGCAAGCUCGAGAACCGGAGUGGCUUGCUCGUGCACUGCGCCGUGGACGUGGCCAGCGGCACCUGCCGGACGAGUGCCGUCCGCUGCCUUUCGGACACCUGCGUCGGGGCCUGCAGCGCUGUGCGGUGA